GGGAGUCGCGGGCUAGGUGGGCGGCACUAGGCACGCUCGGUGAGGCGGGCCCGCGGCCACUUCCGGAAGCAGGAAGGCUGGGCUCCGUACGACAAGAUGGCCGCGCUUAUAUGCGUGUAGGCGGAAACUCCGCGGCUUCCGGUCUGUAGUGGGGCCUGCGGUGGGAGGGGGAAGGAAGGCGGAGGGAACCAUGCGAGGUUCUGAGAUCAGCGGCGAGGGUCGUCUCGUGAGACCGUUUCUGAGCAGGAAUUCUGAAACCCCCAACACUUCCUCCCUCCGGGGGAUUUGAUCCCUCAUGGCCACCGCUAACAGCAUCAUUGUGCUGGAUGAUGAUGACGAAGAUGAAGCAGUCGCUCAGCCAGGGCCCUCCCACCCACCCCCCACUCCGGCCUCACCCCGGGCAGAAGCCCCUGGCUCCUCUGAGCCCCAUGGGGCCGGAGGAAGCAGUAGUUCUGGCGGCAAGAAAUGCUACAAGUUGGAGAAUGAGAAGCUGUUUGAAGAGUUCCUUGAACUGUGUAAGACGCAGACGGCGGACCACCCUGAGGUGGUCCCGUUCCUCUCCAGUCGGCAGCAGCGUGCCCACACUGUGUUUUUGGCCUCAGCGGAGUUCUGCAACAUCCUCUCUCGGGUCCUGUCCCGGGCCCGGAGCCGGCCCGCCAAGCUCUACGUCUACAUCAACGAGCUCUGCACCGUUCUCAAGGCCCACUCAGCCAAGAAGAAGCUGAACUUGGCUCCUGCUGCCACCGCCUCCAGUGAGCCCUCUGGGAGUAAUCCUUCCGCAGACCCCGCCUCGGAGCCCAGCAAUGCUGAGGCCGCUGUCUCUGAGGCCCCAAGGACCCGUGGCUCCCGCCGGCAGAUCCAGCGCCUAGAGCAGCUGCUGGCGCUGUACGUGGCGGAGAUCCGGAGGCUGCAGGAGAAGGAGCUGGAUCUGUCAGAACUGGACGACCCAGACUCCACGUACCUGCAGGAGUCGCGCUUGAAGCGGAAGCUGAUCCGCCUCUUUGGGCGACUGUGCGAGCUGAAAGACUGCUCUUCGCUGACCGGCCGAGUCAUAGAGCAGCGCAUCCCCUACCGCGGCACCCGCUACCCAGAGGUCAACAGGCGCAUUGAGCGGCUCAUCAACAAGCCGGGCCCCGACACCUUCCCCGACUACGGUGACGUGCUGCGGGCCGUGGAGAAGGCAGCUGUCCGGCACAGCCUCGGCCUCCCGCGCCAGCAGCUCCAGCUCAUGGCCCAGGAUGCCUUCCGAGAUGUGGGCGUCAGGCUACAGGAGCGACGCCACCUCGACCUCAUCUACAACUUCGGCUGCCACCUCACGGAUGACUACAGGCCAGGCAUUGACCCUGCACUGUCAGAUCCUGCCUUGGCCCGGCGCCUUCGGGAAAACCGGACCUUGGCCUUGAGCCGGCUAGACGAGGUCAUCUCCAAAUAUGCAAUGAUGCAGGACAGAAGUGAGGAGGGCGAGAGACAGAAGAGGAGAGCUCGCCUUCCCCAAGGCACCUCUGCCCACCCUGCAGAUUCCCCCACAGCCUCCUUGGAUUCUGGUGAGGGUCCCAGUGGAAUGGCUUCCCAGGAGUGCCCUACUACCUCCAAAGCUGAGACAGAUGACGAAGAAGAUGAGGAAAGUGAGGAGGAGGAGGAGGAAGAGGAAGAGGAGGAAGAGGAGGCCACAGAUUCCGAAGAGGAGGAGGAUCUGGAGCGGAUGCAGGAAGGUCAGGGGGAAGAUGAAGAGGAGGAGGAGGAGGAGGGAACAGGUGAGGCUGGAGACAAGAGUCCCGGGCCUCCACCACCGAUCUCCACUGAAGAGAAUCCGGAACCCGGCCGAGAGCUCGGCAGGUCUCCCAGGGGGCAGCACAACACAGGACUCAAAGCGCUUGCCUCCUCACUGUUGGAAGAGCCCGCGGCCCGCCCCAGUGUGGGUGCGGAAAGGAACGGGGAGCAGCUUGCGGAGGUGCCCCCGGAGGAAGAGAGCCCUGUGUCUCAGCUCUUCGAGCUGGAGAUUGAAGCCCUGCCCCUGGACACCACGUCUUCCCCUGAGGAGACGGACGUUUCCUCUUCCAGGAAGCACCCGGAGGAGCCCAUCACCACUGUCUUGGAGAACGGGGCAGCCACGGUCACCUCCACUUCCUUCAAUGGAGGUGUUUCUCCCCAUGCCUGGGGAGAUGCCAGCCCCCCCCGUAAGAAGUCCAGGAAGGAGAACCGGCAGCUAGCGUCGGGGCCUUUAGGAAACAGCUGUGUGGACCGAGAACGAGGCGUGUCUGAGAAGAACGGGAGGAGGAGCUGGCCCCUGCCCAGCCCACCCUCCCCGCUGGCUUCCACGGCCUCAGCCGCGGACUCCUCCACGAGGGUGGACUCCCCCAGCCAUGGCCUGGUGACCAGCUCCCUCUGCAGCCCGUCGCCAGCCCGGCUGUCCCAAACCCUGCCGGCACAGCCUGCCCGGGCCAGCACUUACAAGACGAGCGUGGCCACGCAGUGCGACCCCGAGGAGAUCAUCGUGCUCUCGGACUCGGACUAGCUGCCCCGUCCUGCCUCCGUUCGUUCCGGGAUGACAGUGGAGGGGGACGGGGGCGGGGGACUGAGUGACCCCUUCUGGUGGUUUCUUUUAAAAAAUAAGCUUAAGUUUUACACAGAAACGUUAAAAACAAUAAAAUGCUUUU